CAUCAAAAACCACUAUUGGACCAUUGAAUUGAUUAGUCCAUCCGAACCGAAAUCCGAUCCAUUUCGAUUGAGAGCCGAAAACGACGCCCUUUUAUUCAUAAAAUAAAAAAUAAAAUAAAAUAAAAGAACAAAACGUAGCCCUAAUUUUUCCCCUAAGCUCAGCAGUCAGCGUCUCCUCCUUCUCGAGGUGUCCUCCCUCAGCAAAGCAAAAUCCUCUCAUCUGCUCCGUCCAGCCACCGCCUCAUCACUGCCGCAGUUGCAUCUGCUCGAAGCCGACGUCCCCACUACAACUCGUCUCGCGUGGUUCCUCCGUCGCGCCGCCGCUGUUCCACCGCGCUCCACCCCUCCUCUGCUCCAUUUCGCUGCGCUCCACCGUCCUCUGCUCCAUUCCGCUGCGCUCCACCCUCCUCUGCUCCAAAAUCCCUUUCCCUCAUAUUCUGCUUGUUCUCCGCAUUGUAAACAUAAGACUGCCGCCAGCUUCUGCACGUCACAUUCUUGCUCCUUCUCCUUCAUACACUGUUCGUUCGAAGACCACCGAAGAAUGUCUUCAGCCAAUACACCAUCCUCCACGGCUCCUUGCUCCGUCGGCGCGUCCUCUCCGUCCACUGCCUCCUCUCUCGGAUUGCUGGAUUGCUGGAUUUUUUAUUAUGCCAUUAUGCCUGUUUGCUUUAGAAGAAGGAUUGCUGGAUUUUCUAGCAAUUUUUGUCGGAGUUAUUUGCUGUUCAACUAUUAUGCCAUUGUGCAUCUGUUUAGUGUAGUGACUCUGAGUCUUUUUGUCGAAUUAUUUGCUGUUGAACUACUAUGGUGUUGCUUUUAAAUGCGUGUUGAAUUAAAUGGUUGUUUUCAAGUUGAAUGCAACCAUUUUACUUGUGAGUUAAGUGCUUGUUAUCCAUUCAUCAAUUUCUCAUGGUUGUUUGUCUUAGUUAGGUACCAAUCUUGUUCAUAAUUUAAAUCAUUUGACAGAUUUAGGCUUGAAAACAUGUCGGCAAAACUGGUUUUAUGUCCAAAACAGAUUUUAGUGAAUGCAUAUAUGGUCGCUCUUGUCUUGCCUAACAGGAACCCUUUGAAUUGAACUGUUGGAAAUAGGUUAUGCUCCCAACAUUGAACAAUUGAUGUGAAUUUGUAUUUUGUAAUAACUGUUGUUUUAUACCUUUGCUAUUAUAUUUUUUAGUUACGUGAAACCGGUUUUACCAGUUCAACCAGUGAUUUAUCGGUUGAACCAAUAAACCAGUGAACCAGUAAUCUGACCGGUUUGAUUACCGGUUCGGUUCUUACAACUAUGGGUGGAGUAACUAUGGCGGAUUUUCGGCUCACGCCAUGAGCCUCCAUAAUGUAUAAUAUUUUUGCGUUUGAAUGAGGACUACUUAUCUUCCUAUCUUCAUGGUUUGUUUCACAAUUCUCAAUAGUUUUGUUCUUGGGAAAUGCUUUUGAAGUUUCACCCUUUGUGUUUGAACGAUGUAAAUGCACUUGCCCCAACUUCAACGUCAACUUCCACCUCAAUUCUGCCUGAAAACAACAACUUUGUCCGCAUUCUCCAUAGCCCCAAUUCCACAAAACAUGUCAUAGAACACCAACACACUCCACCAAAGAGCCUGAAUUUGGAACAGGAUUUGGGGAUUCUAAAGAAAAGGGUUAAUAGGUCUGUUGUUUUGCAGCAUAACAACGUGCACAUCAGGUGUUUGACGAAAUGGGUAUGUUAUGGUGGACGCAUUCCUUCUAUUCUUCAGGCUCUGAGUACUGUUCAGGACUUGGAUGAGGCUCUCAUGCCAUGGCAAGAGGCCUUGACCUGCAAGGAAAUUAGUAUUAUUUUGAAGGAACAGGUUUCUUGGGAGAGGGCUCUUCAGAUUUUUGAGUGGCUUGAGAAAAAGGGUUGUUAUGAGUUGAAUGUGAUUCAUUAUAACAUUAUCUUCAGGGUCCUAGGCGAGGCGCAAAAGUGGUGCCUUGUGGAGAGUUUGUGGGAUGAGAUGAAUGCAAGAGGGGUUGAACCUGUGAAUUCCACAUAUGGAACUUUGAUUGAUGUUUAUGGUAAAGGUGGACAGAGAAAAGACAAAGCACUUGUUUGGCUUAAGAAGAUGCGAAGUCAAGGAAUGGAACCUGAUGAGAUCACAAUGGGGAUUGUUGUUCAGUUGCACAAGAGGAAUGGAGAGUACCAGAAAGCUCACGAUUUUUUUAGUAAAUGGUACUCAACAGGUGAACCUCUGAGACUAAGGAGGAGUAAUAAUACUUCAAAAGUAGGUCACAAUGUGUUAUAUACCAAUGUUUGUUUAAGCUCAAGGACAUAUAAUACUUUGAUUGACAUGUAUGGUAAAGCUGGCCAACUUUGGGCAGCGUUUGAAAUCUUUGCUAAGAUGAUCAAACAAGGUGUAUCUCUGACCACAGUGACACUUAAUACAAUGAUUCAUUUAUAUGGAAAUCAUGGAUGCCUUGAGAAAGUUAGUUUGCUGUUGCAGAGGAUGGUGGAGCUUCGGUGCCUACCUGAUGCAAGGACAUAUAACAUACUUAUUUCUGUUUAUAUUAAGCAUAAUAAUAUCAAUUUGGCAGUGAGGUAUUUUGCAAUGAUGAAAGAGACCUGUCUUGAACCGGACCUUGUUAGUUAUCGUACCCUCUUGCAUGCAUACUCCACAAGGAAAAUGGUCCAUGAAGCCGAAGAGCACAUGCAGGAGAUGGAUGAGAAGGGUCUUGAGAUUGAUGAAUUUGCCCAAUCUGCUGUGACUAGGAUGUAUGUAGAGUUGUGUAUGCUUAAGAAAUCAUGGUUGUGGUUUAGGAGGUUUCAUCUAGCUGGGAGUAUUACGUCAGACUGUUAUUCCGCCAUUAUUGAUGCAUAUGGCCAGCAAGGGUAUACUUUAGAAGCAGAGAGAGUCUUUAACUGUUGCAAAGAAAGGAAGAAGCUUGGCGUCCUUGUGUUUAAUGUGAUGAUUAAAGCUUAUGGGGUUGGAAAAUGCUAUGAUAAAGCAUGUCAGUUGUUUGACAGUAUGGAAACAUAUGGUUUUAUUGCAGACAAGUGUAGCUACAGUUCUCUCAUACAUAUCUUGGCCACUGCUGACAGGCCACACAUUGCAAAAGCUUAUUUGAAAAGAAUGCAAGAUGCAGGACUAGUGACUGAUUGCAUUCCAUAUGCCGCGGUGAUAACAAGCUUUGGAAAGUUAGGCCAAUUGGAACAGGCAAAAGGAUUAUACAAGGAGAUGAUUGGAUAUAAUGUCCAGCCUGAUGUAAUUAUCUAUGGGGUGUUAAUCAAUGCUUUUGCUGAUGCUGGAAGUGUUAAAGAAGCUGUUAGUUUUCUUGAUGAAAUGCAACGGGCAGGUUUUCCAAGAAAUCCAACUAUAGACAACUCUUUGAUGAAGUUGUAUACCAAAGUAGGGUACUUGAAAGAAGCACAAGAAACAUACAAGUUGCUUCAGUCAUCAGAGCAGGGUCCUUCUAUAUUUUCCUCUAAUUGUAUGCUUGAUCUUUAUACUGAACGACUAAUGGUUGAACAAGCGAUUGAGAUAUUUGAGAGCUUAAAGCAGAAAGGUGUUGCAAAUGAGUUCUCAUAUGCAAUGAUGUUAUGCAUGUAUAAGAAAAUUGGGAGAUUGGACGAAGCCAUUCAGAUUGCGAAACAAAUGAGAAACCUAGGACUCCUCACUGAUUUAUUAAGUUAUAAUAACAUAAUUGGCUUGUAUUCUCUUGCUAGGAGGCCACAGGAAGCUACCAAGACUUUCAAGGAAAUGGCAAAAUCCGGAAUUCAACCAGAUGAUUUUACAUUCAGCGCUCUUGGACAAUGUUUGCUGAAUUAUGGAGUUUCAAAGCAAGAUAUUGGAAGGCUAGAAGUAAUGGUUAAGAAGGAUGCACCAAAUGCUUUGCAAGAAUGGAUGUUGAUGCUCUCAUCUGUGCUGGGAAUAGAUGGUUAUACAUAUUAAUUGACAUGAUCAAUCAUUGAUGCACCUUACAUCUUCAGUUCCUACAAGGCUCAGUUUAUCGCUAGAGCAUUCCAAUCGAAUUAUCUGGAAUUACACUGGUAAUUUCUGUACUUAUAUAUUCAUCUGUUGUUUUCUAUAUCCGCAGUAGUUUCCCAUAAAACAAUUUAUAGUAGUAAACUAUUUCAAUAUUAAGUUUCUGUUGUUUGAGAGUUACCGAAUAAGUGAAUAUUACCAAUUUUAUGUGCCCUUGUACUGCGUUAAAUUUAACGUGUUUUUUGGAGCUCACAAACAGUUGAGGGCUUGAGGCUAUUGAAGGUCAUAGUUGUUCAAGGAAAAAAAUUAGUGAUCUGGGAGUUCAUGAGCAAUGAUUUUUUUUUUUUUUUUGUGGUCAAGCUGGGGAAUCAGCAAAAACCGGGGUCAUUAAUAACUGCUCGAACACUCUUUGGAAUGAAGAGCUGAAUUUCAGCUAGAAACCUUUGGGUUACCUGAAUGAGGAAGAUCAAGAAUGAUCUUUUGAAGGUGAAUUACGGGCUGGACUUGAGUCUGGGGAGCUUGAAUUGAAGAUCAAGUUGAUUACCCCUGUUGCUUCUCAAUAUAAUGCUGAGAUUGCAUGAGUUGUAACGAUAUAAAAAACUAUUUUGUCAUGUUUUAGGCAUGUUUCAUGAAUUUUUCUGUUGUUUUUUGCAUUUGUUAUGCUCACCUUUACUCUUUUAAUGGGGCGAACCGAGAAUGCAAAUUGAAGGCUUGUGCUGUCCUUCAAUCUUUUCUUGGUUCUUCCUGUACCUUCAUUCAAGUAUUUGAUUCAAAAUCUGGCCGAAGAAUGGUUUCUUUUGUAGCAUCAUUUGUUCUUCUUUUUCUUAGAUAUCACCUCCUCGAGUUCAAAAUAUCACUUCGAAAAUUUUGUAUUCAGAUAAAUUACUCCAUUAAUGUACAAACGUUUUUCAGAGCGACAUCUAUCAUGAACUGGAGGUAGUUUUAAUUCUAUGUUAAUUUGAGAUGAGGCUACCACUGGUUCUAUUAGUGUCACUAAUGUUGCCACUUGUAAUAUAAUGUUUUUUUAGCAUUGGUUGGUAUAUAGAUUUUGAUUUUUGAUACUGGAUUUGAUCCCAAUGAAUAAUGUGCAUAUCCACUUUGUGAAGAUUUUUCUGUUUCCUCUGAUUUAGACCAUAGUUAUGAAAAUCGGACUGGACCGGUUGGCUUGGACCAAUACCCGUGAACCGGAAUCGAACAUGGACCAUCCGCAAACUGGAAAGCUCGGCUACCUGUUGAACUAUGUUGUUCUGUCAUGAUGUAUGUCUAAUUGUCUAUACAUUGUGUUUUCAUAUGUUCAUUUUAUUAAAUGUAGCUCUAACAAUUUGACCAGUGAAUCAUGCAAAUUUCAUGCAAAUUUUUUUC